AUGGAUCCCGAACUGGUAGACACACCCUGGAUUUGGCAUUCGGAGUGGCAAGACCAUGGCGCAAACACUGCUGGUGGCAUCGUCCACUUCCGCAAGAGUCUGAACCUUGAAGAAGUUCCACAGGGGCCGUCGAGAAUCCAGAUUACGGCGGACACGAGAUACAAGCUUUUCAUCAACGGUCACAAUGUCUUUUCAGGCCCCGUCAAAGGGGACGAACAUCUCUGGUUCUAUGACGAGAUCGACAUACAACCAUGUUUGAAGACCGGGGUGAAUCACAUCUCGGUCAGGGUCCUGCGCUUCUUUCAUGCCACGCAGUACGCCACGAGUUUCCCACGACUACCCAUUCCUGGACUUUUCAUCCGACCCCUGGUGGCAAAUGAUGGGGUUUCUUUGCCUGUCCGCAGUGACAGUUCGUGGGAAGCCGCCAUAGACAGUGCCACGGUGCUUCGCAUUGACCAGAAAGAAGACGACUUCCUCCACAUUUACGAAGACGUGGACGCAGUGAAAGCGUUGGAGCUCGAUUGGGUCGCAGCAAAACAACUGGAACUACCGGCAUCGCAUGGCAUCACUCCGCCGUGGGUAUUAGCGCUGCGAAUGAUACCAAAGCCGACGACCACCUCUCGUUCACUUGCAGCUGUCCAUAACGUCAAAAGUGGCAUAGAACAGGCUUCGUGGGAGAGCUUCUUGAAGGACGGUCCGAGUAUGCUCCGACUGCCUGCGGGCACACAUCACCACAUCGAACUUGAGGCAGACAACCACUUGACGGCGAUGCUCGCACUCCGCUUUAGACGACCCGAAACUUCGGGUUCAACCUUACGAAUCCGGUACUCUGAGGCGUAUGAAGACGAACGAGAGUUUGUGCCUUACAUUCGCCGCAAAGGCGACAGGAGAGACACGACCAAAGCUUUGUUUGGGCCUGAAGACAAGUACAUCUUUGCCGGCUCCUCAGGAGCUCAAGCCAGCACCGAAAUCGCCUACAGUCUGGAUGCAGCGGAGUUUGAGACCUUUUCGCCUUUUCAUUUCCGAACUUUACGCUUUACGUCUAUCGACAUCCAGGUAGAUUCGGAAAGCGAUCUGGAGUUCGUUGGGAUUACCAUCGAUCAGAUUCAUUAUCCUCUAGACAUCAAAAGCGAGUUCACCCUCUCCUCGGCCGACGAGCACCAGUCAACGUACCAAUGUCUCUGGGACAAUAGCGUACGCACGCUUACCAAUUGCAUGCACGACUGCUGCAAUGACUGUCCCUUCUACGAACAGCUUCAAUAUGCUAUGGAAGUUCGCAGUUCCUGUCUUUUCACGUACGCCGUGUCAGGCGACGAUCGAAUGGCUCGGCAGGCAAUUGUUCAGCUUUACAACUCGUAUCGUCCAAGUGUUGGGCUCAUCGCUAGUCGCAGCCCUGCCCAUGUCUUUCAAGUGAUUCCUCACUUCUCGCUAUUCUGGAUCUGCACGGUAGCUGAUCACUUCACCCAUUACGGCGACGGGAAAUUCACGCGCAAAUUCCUCGCAGUGUGUGAUGGUAUCCUUGCCUUCUUUGCACAUCGCUUGGAUAACGAGACUGGUCUCAUAUCCAGUGACUCUCGGUUCAUCAGGACACAUUGGGACUUUGUCGACUGGACAACUGAAUGGAGACCUAUGGGUAUACCGACGGCAGCCCAGAGAACGGGUACUCAGACAUUUACCAACUUUCUGUACGCUUACACGCUCAAGGCCAUCGCCAAGACUGUGAAGAAUCUCGGUCGACCGGCCCUAGCGCAGGAGUACGAGUCACGAGCAGACGAUAUCGUUUCGGCCACCCAAAAGCACUGCCGCGUGGGGACAGCCUUUACAGACGGAUUGGCGGCCAAAGCCGACCACUCCUUGGACUUCAGUCAACACAAUCAAAUCUGGGCUGUUCUCUGUGGCGCGACUAGUGGUGAGGAGGCGAGACAACUCCUCACACAAUGCUUCGAUGAUGACCCGAGCACGUCGAAUCUCCCCACCACACCGGGUCAUCUCGUCAAGUUCACCAAGGCUUCUACGGCAAUGUCAUUUUACGCUCUCCGGGCCUUGUCCAAAGUAGGCGGAGACCUCUACGACACAGCUUUCCACUCCUUCUGGGAUCCCUGGCGGCAUCAGCUGGGCCAGAAUCUGACAACUUGGUGCGAGGAUGAGGUGACGCUCAGAUCAGACUGCCAUGCGUGGAGCUCGGUGCCUCUCUACGAGUUCACGGCCGAGGUUGCCGGUAUCAAACCUCUCGAGCCCGGAUGGGGAGCCAUCUCUUGCGCUCCUCGGUUCAAUCUCUUCGGCGAAUUUGACGCCAAGGUGGCGCUUGGUGGAAAGCUAGCACCUGGCAUUGCUCGCAUCAGAUGGUCCCGAGAGGGCGGUACUGAUGAGUUGAGCUUGUCGAUUGUUCUACAGGAUAUCCCAGUCGAAGAUCCGAUCCGGGUAAGCGUGAAGCUUUCGAGCGGUGUUGAGGAGCAUUUUGGCCGGGAUCUUACUUUCAACUUUCAGCUAGAGUAG